AUGUUAGUAGCAGCCUUAAAGCAUCAGAAGGCAUUUGAGCUAUUAGAGAUGCAAGACAAAAAAUUUGUUGAAGAAUUAAACAAGGGAAGAGGGGUACCUUCAAUUCAAGAUUGGGAUUAUGCUAAGUCUGUUUUACCGUUUUUAGAGAUGUUUUACGAUGCUACACUUCGCAUCUCUGGAUCCUCUUAUGUUACUAGUAACUUAUACAUGAAAGAAGUGUUUGCUCUUGGAAGGAGGAUUCAACAAUAUCGUGAUGAUGAUGAUUUGAGCAUAAGUCUUAUGGCAAGUAAGAUGAAAGCAAAAUACAACAAAUAUUGGGGAAAUGCAAAAACUAUUAACAUGUUGUUGUUAAUUGCCGUAGUUCUAGAUCCUGGCCAUAAGUUGGAUUAUGUUGAGUUGUGCCUAGUUAAUUCUUUUGGUGUGGAAGUGGGCGGUGAAUUGAAGGCAAAGUUGUCUUCUUGUCUUCAUUCACUUUAUAAUUUAUAUCAAGGUGCAGAUGAAGGAAACCAAGAUGAUACCCUCUCCCAACCGAGUCCAAGUGAUAAAGCCAAAGACAUUUAUGAUAUGGGGUUAUAUCGCCGAUCAACCGGUCGCAAAUCCAAUCUUAAAUCUGAGCUUGAUCGUUAUUUGAAUGAAGACUGUGAGUCAGAUGAUAAGCCUUUGGAUAUUCUAGGAUGGUGGAAGGUUAACUCGAAUAGGUUUUCCGUCCUAGCAAAUAUGGCACGGGACAUAUUGGCUAUACAAGUUUCAACAGUAGCUUCCGAGUCUGCUUUUAGUAUGGAGGGAAGAAUCAUCGAUCAAUAUCGUAGCUCAUUGACUCCUAAGAUGGUAGAAGCCCUUGUAUGUACCGAAGAUUGGCUUAAAGGAGACUUUUUCUCUUCUCUUGCACCUGAGAAUUUCGAAGAGCUUGAAAAGGUCGAGCAAGAUUUGAUUUUAUCAGAGGACAUUACUUGUUCAGUGGGUCCAGUUUCAAUUGCGCUUGAGGAUGACUAG